AUGCAGGACCCUGUUAGCAAAGUGACAGAAAACAGAAUCCGGGCUUUGGAUUCUGAGCUACGCUCACAGAAGCGAGCCAGGACUUCCCCUUUAGCACAAAAUGAAUGCAACCUCAGAAUCCCGCCCACGAGGGACCCACAGGACAAGUUAGGCCCUACUCGCAGGUUCACGACCUCUCUUGCAGAUCAAGACUCUAACGGUCACGAGAAAUUUAGAAGUGAAGCACCCAAACUGGCCGCGUCCUCAGAUGAGGACAACACAGCCGAACCUAAAGAGUCGAGUGAACAGUUGACUCAGCCCAAUCGAGGGUCUGGGUCUGUUCGCAACGAGCCCCUUUCUUUGCAUCCGCAAGAUGACAAGGACAAAAGUUGUGAUUUCUAUCCGGAAAAUCAGAGCUUGGAAAGCAUGACUGGAGACCACGACAGCGCUGGGCUGUAUCACAGCUCAAACACCCAUUCUCUCCCUGAGGCCAAGAUCAGCUGCAAUGAGACGGAUGGGUCAGCUUCAGGCUUAGAAACUCCGGAUCUCGACAGAUUUACAUGUUUCGAGCAAUCAGGACCUUGGAGCCAACCAUCAGAGCCUCUUAGGCCAGAAAAUCCGUACACAAAGGGUCGAAGCCUAAAGCUUUAUAGGCAUAAAGCCUGUGCACCAUUUGGACAAGACUGCACCUUCUACGAUGAUUUACGGGACAGAGUUCUGGAGGAAGAAUUGCGACAGAAGACAUUAGUUGAAUUGUGUUUGGAGAACCCUCCGAUGGAAGGUCAGACCGUCUACGAGGACAUCCAGAAUCUCGAGAUCGUGGAAGAACUCCGCGUAAAGAGUGAUGGCGGUGCGCAGCUCGUUGUCUGUCAUUUGGACGACGACGAUCAAGACUACAUUGCAAAAAUCUAUGACCCCAUGUAUUAUGGAUUCAGCAACACUACAUGGGCUGAUUUACCUCGAGACGUUACAUUCCAAUCAGACAUGGACUACUGUCGAGAAGUUGCUGCAUAUGAAGAGAUGGACGAAUGGGUUGGCGGGACCUAUAUCCCAAAGUUCUUUGGCUCCUGGACAUUCCAAAUUCCGUUGGAUCUUCCAACUGGACGAAGAACGAGGGACGUGCGUAUGAUUCUCAUCGAGCGAAUCUCUGGGAAGUCAAUGCUUGAGUCCAAACCAGACACGAUCGCUGAAUCAGAGCGCCUCGAAAUACUAGCACGGAUGUCAGAGCUCAUCUCAAAGAUUUCCUUCAUAGGCGUACACCAUCACGAUAUUUCGCAACGGAACAUCAUGAUCUGUGAGGGCGAAAACGUGGAGAAAGUGGGAAGAAUUGUCCUAAUAGAUUUCAACAUGUCAACAGUGGAGAGACUGGACAGCUUCGAGGAGAAAUAUGGUCCACGUGAACCAGGCCCUGAUAAGCCACCAAGUCCACUCGACUGGUGGUGGAGCGGCGGUUGGUACGGAGGCUUCUGGGGUUGGCUGCCCAGAAGGUGGGAGCAAAGACUACGACCGCUGCAGGAAUGGAUGUACAACAGAUGGAACGAUUCCGAUUAUUUUGCCCCUCCGGUUCGAGGUUUGGAGUGGGACGAAGACAACCAACCGCGUAGCUGGAUUGCAUGGUGA